UUUCCCUGACAACCCCCCUCGUCUUUGCUUGGCGCGUCGACACGGCCCGCGCUCAGGCCUGUUCCCCCCCGUCCCAUCAAACAGACUUACAGCCAAAACCAAAACCACCGACUUUCCUCUCACGAUCCAAUUCUUGGGAUACACAUAUCUCUCCUUGCAUAUCCACGCCAUCCUGCUGUUCUCUGCCCGAAAGAGCCCCCUUCAUCCAAUAACCUGCACCACCCUUUUUGAGAGAAAACAGACACAAUGGCCUCCACCAACUACCGCGAAGCCUUCCAGCUCUUCGACAAGCGCGGCAACGGCCGCGUCGAGCGAGGCUCCCUGGGCGACCUCCUCCGCGCCUGCGGUCAAAACCCCACCCUCGCCGAAAUCACUGAGCUCGAGCGCGGCGUCGGCGCAGACUUCGACUUCGAGACCUUCAGCAAGAUCCUCAACCGCCCCGGCGGCUUCCGCGAGCCCUUUGAUAUCGAAGAGUACAUCCGCGGCUUCCAGGUCUUCGACAAGGACCGCUCGGGGUUCGUCGGAAAGGGUCAGAUCAAGUACAUUUUGACGAACCUGGGCGAGAAGAUGAGCGAGGAGGAGGUCGAGGAGCUGUUCAAGAGCACCAUUGAUACCGGGAAUAACGAGGUGGACUACAGGGGUGAGUUUGUCCUAUCUUUCUCUCUCUCUCUCUCUCUCCCUUCACUCGCGGGUGCAUGGGAGACAGUGUGCAUGAUGGCUUUGGACUGUGCUGACGUGAUAUGUGUGUGA